AUGGCUUGCGCCUGGGGGUCGGAUCUAACCUUCCCUCCUGGGUUCAAGUUCGGUGCUGCAUCAGCGGCAUACCAGAUUGAAGGCGGUUGGAAUGCAAGCGAUAAAGGAGAAAGCAUAUGGGAUCAUCUUGUCCAUGAAAAUCCUGAGAUGAUAGGGGAUCGUAGUAACGGAGACGUGGCCUGCGACUCUUACCACCUCUGGCAGAGAGACAUAGAAAUUGCAUCAGAAAUCGGUCUACACUUCUAUCGAUUCUCUAUAGCGUGGACGAGAAUUCUACCAACCGGCUUCAGCGAUAAGAUCAGUGAAGACGGAAAGAAUUACUACAAUAGACUGAUUGAUGGGCUGUUGGAGAAAGGGAUCAGUCCAGUAAUUUCAAUUUACCACUGGGAUCUGCCGCAACAGUUGCAAGACCUGGGUGGCUGGGUAAAUCCUCUCAUAGUUGACUGGUUCUCUGAUUACGCAAGGGUCGUAUUCUCUCUAUACGCAGACAGAGUGAAGACCUGGAUCACCAUCAAUGAGCCCACUAUGAUCUGCGAUGAAUCUUACAACACUGGUUUCUUUGCCCCAGCGAUUUUGGAGCCCCAUAUAUCCCCCUAUGUAUGUGCAAAGAACGUUUUGCUUGCCCAUGCUAAGGCUUGGAGGAUUUACGACGAGGAAUACAGACCAAAGUACAACGGCGAAAUAACCUUAGCCAAUCAUUUGAUCUGGUAUGAACCUCUGGGUGAAGAAGACUUCGAACUCACUGAAUUAGUCCGGCAAAAUUUGGUUGGUCGAUACUCUCAUCCGGUUUAUUCAAAGGAGGGAGGUUGGCCGCCAUCGCUCGAAAAACACAUGGAAGAGGUCAGCAGACGGAAAGGUUUCCAGAGAUCAGUCCUGCCUCCUUUCACUCGAGAAGAGAUUGACUUAGUAAAAGGCACCUUCGAUUUCUACGCCAUGAACCAUUACACCAGUCGCCUCGUUCGGAAAGCUGAGCCAAGCGAACACAUCGGCUCGUUCCCAUUGAACGGAGCUCCUGAUCUAGAAGCUGUCUUCGAAAAAGACCCGAGUUGGAGCAUUACGACUUCCCAAUGGUUCUAUAUUAACCCCGAAGGUAUUCGACGGCAGCUGGCCUGGUUGCAGAAGGAGUACGGAGACAUCAAAUUCUGGAUCACAGAAAACGGCUUGUCGACUACCAGCGGCCUAGAAGACAGAGAACGAAUCGAAUUCUACAGGGAUUAUCUGAAAGAGGUGCUUCUGGCCAUCAACGAGGACGGCCAAAAAGUGACUGGUUACACAGCGUGGACCCUGAUGGACAACUUCGAGUGGAACGACGGUUACAAUUCGAAAUUCGGAUUAUACGAAGUGAACUUUACUUCCCCGAUGCGCACCCGAAGACAACGCGCCUCCGCCCGCUAUUACAAGCAGAUCAUCGAUACACAUUCAGUACCCAGGAGUCCUUAUGACGACCUAUGAUCUCAUAGGCAACUAGUGAUGAGCAAUAAUGGUCUUUCUUUUUUGCCAAAAGACCAGCUGUACCCGAAUAAGACGUAGAC